UUUGUACUUAAAUAUGCAGAUGCCUUCUUGUAACAGUAUUUCUGCUCUGUGGUAUUCCAGCACUUCUAUCUCUUGUAAUUAAAUUAUCAGGGAAGUGUGCACUGACUUACUUCCUGAUUUGAAAUCCAUUGGCGGUCACAUGUGAAGGAUUCUCGCCAUUGGGUUUUGCCAGAGGUUAGAAUGAACUUUGUCUCACUUCCUUUUGAAAAGGAAAGAGUCUACUUGAGCAGCAGCUCAGUGUUUGAGGUAAAUCCUUUUAAAAUAAUAGCGGAGCUGUGACUUUGAGGCGGGUAAUGGUUACAGUUGGAGAGUCAGGCUGUGCGCUUUGGACACGGAGCAGGACUUUGCCGCACAGGGAACCGGUCCAGUGGAGUGGAGGGAAACCAUCCCCAGUUUAUAAUUUGACACUGAUAUCUUCAGGGGUGUUGUCUAAAUAAAGGGAAGUUUCCUUGAACUCGUCGAGCAGGGAGCCAAGCAAGCAUGUAUGAGAACAGAUCAGAUAAUGCUGGAUCUGAACCAGCUGUCAGCAAUACCGACGCCCACGGCAGCAGGGGGUCCGGACAGGGCACCGUUGUGGAGCGGCUCUCCAGAUAUGGCAUGCAGGUCAUGCCCAGUGCUUUCCAGCGUAGGUCGAGGCUGCAGAGGCAGCUGGAAGUCACUGACAGCUCCGCGCCGCUCCAGAGAGAGUCCACGGAGCGAACGUCGCUCACACCCGCUAUGCGUAAAAGGUACCUCAAAGAGCUGCUUUUGGGCAACUCAUCACACAGCGGGUUCAGCAGCGUGCGGUCCUCGCUGAUUUCCACCGUGUCCUCGGAGCAGGACGAAGCCUGGGUUUUGUACCCCAUGGAGCACGCGUGGAUGCUGUCCGCGGUGGAGGGAAACUAUGAAACCAUCCUGGAGUUCAUCUCCGAGGACCCCCAUCUGUUAACCAGGAAGGAUUUCAUCAGCGGGUACUCAGUCCUGCACUGGUUAGCCAAGAGAGGACAGGACGAGAUACUGCUCAAAGUUUUGCGGUACGCAGAAAGUGCGGGGAUCUCCGUGAAUGUAAACAUGCGGGGCAGCGGCGGGCUCACCCCGCUGCACGUCGCCAGCAUGCACCGGCAGUACAUGGUGGUCAAACUGCUGGUCGGAGCUUUCGGUGCCAACAUCGAUGCCAUGGACUACAAUGGGAAAAGAGCCUGGCAGUAUCUAAAGGGAGACGCCCCGCUGGAGAUGAAGGAGCUGCUGGGGACGUGGGACGAUGAGCACAGCUGCGGAUGUGCGCAAAAUGUCAACAACAACAACUGCGCUGGCGCAAUGACCGUGACCGAGCAUGAGGAGGCGGAUGACAGACAGACAGAUGAGGUGGACUCCUUUAAGUGGACUAAGAGGGCCGACGGCUGGAGGUUUAAGUCCUUAAAGAAGCUGCUACCCUCGUUUUCAUUUAAGGGAAACAAAAACUGAGUUAUUGUGACAUAACCUUUGAAAUGUGUUCAUUGUUUCAUAUUUAUGUCAAUAUUUUAGUGGUUCCCAACCUCCUGAACGGUCACUGCUUUUGAGUGCAAGCAAGAAUAUUUCGACUUUUCCAGUUCAUUUCAGAUAUUUUUUAAUCAAGUGUAUUUGUUAGAGCAGUAACACGCCCAAUACCUCAACAUUACUUCUGAUAAACUCUCCUUCCAUGUCAAAUAUUUGAUACUUUCACCUCUUCAGGCCUCAAAUCUGCUCAUACCUCAUGUCCACACAGUCCACUUGUGAUGUGGGUCACCAAGUAAACUUGUAAAGGGUCUAAACCCAAAAGGUUGGGAGCCACUUGUCCAAAAAUUUCAUGGAGACCUAGAAAGUGAUUUUUUUUUAAAAGAAAGAAAAAAAAAGUUCUGGCACUGGAGUAAAUUCUUUACUGAACCUCACUUUAAUAAAAACGCUCACUGUA